UGAAACAGAGCCAAAUAAUUUGAUAUCAAACUUAACGGUUGAUAAGAUGUUAUUAUUUUUGCCAUUAUGGUGGUAGAAAGCCUAAAUCACCAUCCAGGUAUUAGGACCCCUUGCGCCAUAUCAAAUAACAAAAACAAGUUUAAAUCGAAACUUGCGUUCAAAAAGAGGGUGCCCUGUACAUUAUUAUGUAAUACAAGUGAGCAUUUCGGUGAGAGGUGUUCAGGUAGAACCAAGGUCAGUAGAAGAUGGAGAAGACAGAGGUUCUUGGUACGUUGCUGCAAUUUCCACAUAGAAGGAACGCACUUGACAAUGAGGAAGUGAGAGGCUUAUUGCCGCUGUCCAAAGGUCUGAACAAGUUCUCAACAAUGGCUCCCAACUUCUGUUUACCGGGUGAUUGGAUGCGUCGCCGAUCAAAGACAUCAAAUUCAUGUUGGACAUCGCCCGCGCCCAUGCCAAGAUUGUCUCGCUUGUUGAAGUUUGUCUUGUAGUUUAUUUGCAGGGUAGACAUUCGAUAUGAAAUGUAAUCUUUGCCUUGGAUAGUAAUAUUCUGCAUAAAAUGUGUAUAAAAAUAAUUGUUGCACGCAGCAAGAAUUUUUUAACGAAACUUCUGAUCAGAGAAAAAGAAAGAAAUGGAUAUCGUCGAUAUAUAUUAUAGAUUUGUUUCUAAAUCGUAGUACACCACUCUAUCCGCUCAUAUCGUUUCAAGUAUUUUAUUUAUUAUGUAUAUUUAUUAUUGUGUCAGGAGGAGGUACCCAUCAGUUCUCAAACAAAAAUACGGCACUUUUUGGAGUUCACCUUUAACAAUAUAAUUCUAAUGCAAAAAGUAUUUGCUGAAGUGAUGGAUGAAAACAAAAAUGAUAGUUAUUAUUAUUAUUAUAAGGCGAUUUUAGGUAGAGUACUGUUCCAGCACUAUUGAUUUUCUAGUUGAAGGUAAAAUUUUUCUGUGGGCAAAUCUUCAGUUAGCCACUUACCUGUGCAUUUGAGGAUAUUUUAAAUAUUUAU